GCUUAAAAAUAGUGUACAAAGAGUUAAAAUAGUGUACACUGCUGCCCAAUAGUGUACACCUGGUCACUCUAUGUUGGACAACAAGAAAUUAGAGCAAGAUUCAAUGUUUACGGUGAUGGCAAAAUUCAUAAACGCCACCGAGCUGUAUGAUUGGGGCAAUAAUAAACUGACCAUGAUACCUGAGAAUGCAUUUGCUAAUCCUAUGUCUAAACUAAGCAGUCAUGCGUUCAGAAGUCUAUCGGGUUUAACAUAUCUAUGGAUCGGAACCUCUGAGACAACACAUGUUAUGUCCAAUGCUUUCGCUAUCGACAAACCAAAUGGUAAACCAUUUGAUGAUCCAGAGCUAACCCUAUGGUUUGGUCAUCCCUACGAUUACAUAAACAGGCAUUCAUUGGGGUUUUGGCAGAAAUUUGUAAACAAUGUGAACAUGUCUUACGUUGUCUGCGAUAAUAACACUAAUACUGAACAACUGUUCCAACGUUUCCGCUAUGAAAACAGUCACAACAAUACGUUUUGGGUUAUGAUUACCACAUAUAUUGCAAGCUGGGGACGUAUAUUGGAAAUUGAUGGGUCACAAGAAUCGGUUUAUUACAGAUCACUAGUUGUGCCCGUAUUACUAGAGAUCGCAAAAGCAGUUAAUCACAGCGUUCAUCUUUAUAUAUUGGACUGCCCGGCAAUACAAGACUAUUCAUAUGAGUAUAUGGUCAAUGAUGGACAAUUGACCGCUAUUGAUUUAGAAGUACAAUUGGAUUACGACGAAUACACCAACAUUCAUCAUUUAAAAUGCACACAACCCCUACCAUUAAUAUAUAUUAUGCAAAACGAUAUAACGGCACAAAUGGUGGGCAGAUAUACGAUGAAUGUCGACACUAUUGACGAUCUCAUUGACGAUAGGCUCACAGUCUGGACGUCUUGGGAAAAGAGGUUGCGUUUACGCGAACCCAAGUACCCGUCGCUUAUACGAGACGUCGAUUUAUCAACAUUGCUUGAUAAUAGUCAUAGAGUAAUGGGAUCGGGCAGAAAGAUAACCUGGCUACUAUUAGUUUAUGGCAACAUCGAGUUUGUGUACAGCGAAUGUCCUGAUCCAAGCGUAUUAGUACCCUAUGGUUGCAGUGGUUGUCAAUACAAUUACAUUGUAUGCGAAGGAGAUAUUGAUAUGGAUUUGGGAGAAAUGUUUACUAAAUUGAGUCAAACAUCAAAACCAAACGAAAAACAUUAUCGAUAUUUCGUAUUCACGAACACAAAAUAUAACGAGCAAUUGGAGCCUGAUACAAUGUUUACGGUAAUGAGCAAAUUCAUAAACGCCACAGAACUCUAUGAUUGGGGCAAUUAUAAACUGACCACGAUCCCUGCUGAUGCAUUUAGCAAGGCAACUUAUUCUAAUUUACAUUCUAUAAAUAUUCAAGCGAAUGAACAAACUAUAGGCAGCCAUGCGUUCAGAAGUCUAUCCGGUUUAACACACCUUCAAAUCGGAUGCAUUAAAACAAUGCAUAUUAUGUCGAAUGCGUUUGCAAUCGACAAACCGUCUAAUGUGUCGCUAACUCUGCGCCUAAACGCACCGUUAAAUGAAACUGUAUUUGAUGAUGGUGCUCUCAGUGGUAUUAAUAGACCCACACAAUUGAAAUUAGAACAAGAUGGCAAGCCAUUUGAUGACCCAGGUCACUUUCAAUAUUGCGGCGAUAUUGCCAAUAUAUUAAAACCCUACGGUUGUAGAGCUCACGAAAACGAGUACAUUGUAUGCGAAGGAGAUAUUGAUAUGGAUUUGGGAGAAAUGUCUAUCCGGAUUAACAUUUCUUUGGAUUGGAAGCACUAA